GUUUUCGUUUACAUUUUCGCAGAGAUCCAUGAGUCGUGUCCUACCCUGCCUGCUAAUAUUAUCUGUAUGUUGUCCUACGAAACAAACUACAGAUAACUUUUUGAAUGGUCAUUUUGUCACGCUUUCUAGUUAGUCGGUUAAUUGCUUCCUACAUCCAUCAGAGAGCGCGAUUUAUCACUAAUACUAUUGGGUAUAGGUCCACAUACACGAUGGCAGCCAGAGAGCGAAUGAGAGUCAAUGAUGUCAUAAAGGGAGCCGAAGAUAAGAGGGUAUACAGGGGCUUGGAACUAAACAAUGGAUUAAAAGUAUUGCUCGUAAGUGAUGAGAAGACUGAUAAAUCUGCUGCUGCGAUCGAUGUGCAUAUUGGGCAUAUGAAGGACCCAAAAGAACUACCAGGACUGGCACAUUUUUGUGAACACAUGUUAUUCCUAGGCACAGAGAAGUAUCCAUCAGAAAAUGAAUACCACAAGUACAUCAGUGAGCAUGGUGGAUCAUCUAAUGCCUACACAAGUUCAGAACACACGAAUUACUACUUUGAUGUAUCCCCAGAACAUCUCCGUGGUGCUGUGGAUAGGUUUUCACAGUUCUUCAUCGCUCCUCUGUUCAACGCCAGCGCGACCGAACGUGAGGUGAAUGCCGUGAAUUCAGAGAACGACAAGAACCUGCAGUCGGACACGUGGCGCCUCUAUCAGCUGGAGAAGGCCACCUCUAAACGCGGCCACGACUAUUCAAAGUUUGGCACCGAGCACACGGAUGAGAUAGUCACUCACAUUUUCGAGUACUUGAACAUGCUGAGGGCAGCUGGACCUCUGGAAUGGGUAUUUAGAGAAUGCCAGAGUCUAAAUGCGAUGACCUUCAGGUUUAAGGAUAAGGAAAAGCCCCAGGGUUUUGUGACCAACGUGGCAUCAAACCUUCAUAGGUACCGGCUGAAUGAAGUGCUUAGUGGACCAUACCUUCUGGAAGAAUAUAAACCUGAUUUGAUAGAACAGGUACUCAGCCAUCUAAUACCUGAGAAUAUACGGAUUGCCGUGGUUGGCCAGAAGUUUGAGGGACACACUGAUAAGAAGGAAGAGUGGUAUGGAACAGACUAUAAAAUUGAAGAAAUAUCUGACGAGCUUAUCCAGAUGUGGAAAAAUGCAGGUGCAAAUGAAAACCUCAGAAUGCCAGAUGCAAAUGAAUUCAUCCCAACCAACUUUGAUCUACUGACUCGUGACGAAGAGGCGAAUGCAUUGCCAUGUCUGAUGCAGAACGGCCCCAUGUCUCGGGUGUGGUACAAGCAGGAUAAUGAAUACCUCCUACCGAAGGCUUGUAUUGCGGUGGAGUUCACCAGUCCGUUAGCGUACCUCGACCCGACGCACGCCAGCAUGGUCUACAUGUUCGUGUCUCUGUUCAGAGACACGCUGAACGAGUACGCAUAUGCAGCCGAACUAGCAGGCCUUGUGUACAGCCUAGACAAUAGCAAGUAUGGACUGACGCUGGCGGUGGAGGGCUACAGUGACAAGCAGCAUGUCCUGCUAAGGAAGGUGAUGGAGAAGAUGACCUCCUUUCAGAUUGACCCCAAGAGGUUUGACAUCCUCAAAGAGAAUUAUCUGCGGGGCUUGAAGAACUUCCGUGCUGAGCAACCACACCAGCAUGCAACGUACUACACCUCCAUCCUGAUGGCUGAACAUGCCUGGACUAAAGACGAACUGCUAAACAACAUGGAAGAGGUUACAUUAGAGAGAGUGCAACAGUUCAUUCCACAGCUACUGUCGAAAAUGCACAUUGAGUUCCUUCUCUUUGGAAAUAUCACGAAGCAGAAAGCGAGUGAGAUAGUUGCAAUUGUUGAGGAGACACUGCAGAGCACUGUACGAACAAAGCCACUGCUGCCCAGCCAGCUUGUGAAAGAUAGAGAGUACCAGAUUCCAGAUAAUAGUAGUUACUUGUUCAGAGAAUACAACGAGGUGCACAGUGGUUCAGCACUAGAGCUCUACUACCAGUGCAGCCUGCAGUCAAUACCGAUGAAUGUUGUGUUGGAACUCUUCUGCCAGAUCAUAUCCGAACCGUGCUUCAAUGUAUUACGCACACAGGAACAGCUCGGUUACAUUGUGUUCAGCGGAGUGCGACGGGCGCACGGUACACAGGGACUGAGGAUCAUAGUACAGUCAGACAAAUCCUGUGAUUUCGUUGACCAGAGAGCCGAAGCCUUCCUACAGAGUUUAGAUACCUAUCUAGACAACAUGUCAGAUGAGGAAUUCCAGAGACAUCUGUCAGCCUUGGUAGCGAGGCGACUGGAAAAACCGAAGAAGUUAUCGCACCAAUCGGCGAAAUAUUGGGGAGAGAUCGUCUCCAGGCAGUACAACUUUGACAGGGAUAGUAUAGAAGUGGCCCAUCUGAAAACUCUUACCAAGGAAGAUGUGGUGACAUUUUACAGGGACAUGAUAGCAGAAGGUGGUCCACACAGAUCCAAGAUGGCUGUUCACAUUGUGUCAUCUGCCAAGGGAGAGCAGGCAUCUGUCCAGAGUACACUGGAUGGUCUGGAAAUUGCAGAUGACAGAGUUAAGCAACCCACCACUAUUCACAAUGUCACGUCAUUCAAGAGUGGGCUUGGACUUUUCCCACUCGUCAAGCCCUACAUCUGCAUCGGCUCUGGAAAGUCCAAGCUCUGAGUUUCUGAUAUCAGACGGAAGACUUCUACGUGGGGACUUGGGAACACUUUACAUGCUAUAGCUGUUGUACAUAUGGCUUAUACGUCUCCCCUUGUGCUACGAGCCUGAUGUUAUACUUCCCCCUCUAUUUCCUCUUACCUUACGCACAGAAUCCAUAUUUUGAAUAUCACUAGCCUGGCUUCGCAUUAAAAUUUAAUCCCUAGUGUAUCAAAAGCUGUCCUUAUACAGCUGGGCCAUCGUACUUAAAGCUCAUAUUCCUAGUGGGAAGUAUUUCAUGUGUUAUAGGGUUGAUACUCCAUUAGGAGUGUUCCCAACUUUAAUGUCAUUAAUGGUUAGGGUUAUGUUAUAGGUUAGGGUUAGGGU